AGUCUCCCUAACUAUAAUAUUUUGUUUUCUGCGUUCACAGUACUAGGUGGAUUAGUCACUAGUUUAAGAAAUCUGGUUGCUAGGCUGGUAAUGAUGGUUGGUACGUUAGAGAAGCGAAUGACUAGCCUGGGAAUGCUAAUUGUUAGCCUAGAGACAGUAGUAACUGGUUUGGGAAUGCUAGUUGCUAGGCUAGUAAUGGUAAUUGUAGCGGAGAGAAGCCAGUGACUAGCCUAGGAAUGCUAAUUGUUGGCCUAGGGACAGUAGUAACUGGUUUGGGAAUGCUAGUUGCUAGUAAUGAUAGUUGUAGCUGAGAGAAACCAGUGACUAGCCUACGAAUGCUAGUUGUUGGCCUAGGGACAGUAGUAACUUGCUUAGGACUGGUAAUUGCUAUUCUAGUAAUGAUAGUUUUUAGCUCAGAGAAGGUGAUGAUCAGCCUGAGAAUGCUAAUUGUUGGCUUAGGAACACUGGAAACUGGCUAAAGAAUGCUAGUUGCUAGGCUAGUAAUGAUAAUUGGUAGCUUUAAGAAGCUAGUGGUUAGCCUGGGAUGCUAGUUGUUGGCCUAAGGAUAACAGUAACUUACUUAUGAAUAAGUUGCUAGGCUAGUAAUGAUAGUUGCACCUGAAAACCAUUUCAGGUGACUAUCUCAUGAAGCUCAUCAGCAAAAGGUGGCUAUUUUGAAGAAUCUAAAAUCUAAAUCAUGUUUUGACUUAUUUCACACUUUUUUGUUUACGACAUAAUUCCAUAUGGGUUCAUCCACAGUUUUGAUGCCUUCAGUCAAUUGGAAUAGACACUGAAUUGAAAAUCCUGUACUUUACAGUUGGCUUUAUGCUGCUAAAACUCCUCCGACCCAGUGGGCCAUGGACACAGGACCUCUGGGGAUGUCCUGUGGCACCGGGAUGGUGGCAGUGAUCCUGUGGGUUGCAGGGUGGACCUACCUAGAUCAGGCUUACCCCUCUCAAACUUCACAGAUGCUCAAUAAGAUCUGGAUCUGGGGAGUGUGGAACCCAGAAAAGAUUCUACACCAACUAUAUUCAGUGUUGAAAUUCAACUGGAAACAGCAUCAACAUGACGACUACAAAAGAUGGACCAGCUGAAAUAAAGAUGAAAAACGGAAGUGAGAAUGGGGAGAGGAGUCCGUCUCUUAAUCUACAACCAUUUGCACAGGAAGAGGAGGCACAUCCGACUCAUUCUUUCGAGUUGUGCUUUAGUAACAAGAGCGUCACUACGAUCACCUGCGACAAAGCAGGGACUGUUGAGGACGUCCUGAAGAGAAGUUCACAGUUCAGACGAGAUGCAGAAAAGCGCAAAGGGAAGGAGCUUGUCAUUCUGAGAGAUGGGAAAGCUAUCAGUUUGCACUUUCCAUGCAGUUUAAUUAGAAAUGAACGUCUGAUUCUAAAGUAUGUGAAAGCUGUCAACAACCCAACAAAAGGGGUCAGUAGCCGUGUUACUUCCUGCAAGGAAGAUCCAUCUAGCAACCUUGUGAUGUUUCAUGUGUUGGUAAAGGGAGGUAAAAAUGUCGUGAAUAUCCUGAAAAAUCCAGCACUAAAAACGGAAAUUCAGGAAGUUACCGUUUAUGCAUACAAAGGGGAGAAAGUGAAGCAAGCUCUUAAAAGAGAUGCUCAUUUUCUCAGUACGAUAUUCAGAAAGAACUGUGCGCUUUUUGAAAGAAGCACUGAAAUAAACAUAGAGAUGUCCAACCCAGUUGAUGAUCUUGAUGGUAAAACUUUCCAGAUCAUUUUGCUUGAUAAGUCAAGUCCACCAGGCAGUCAAUCUAGCAGUCUUGAUGAUGCUUACAUAACACCAAAUGAUUCUCAGGGAUAUGAUCCUGAUGAAAGCCAAGACUCUUUACAGCAGUCUAUCCCCACUGAUUUAGAGAAUAACCAUGUACCAGAAGAGAAACCAAAACUUCGUCUUGCUACAGAACUAGAAAAUGUACUGCGUGAAAUACCUGGUUCAAAAAACAAGUACGCUCAGUUAUCUUCAAAGUUCAAAGACUCAAUGAACGGCAGGAAAACUCAGGUUCCUAAGCUUUCUCGCAUCCAGAAUCUGCUCCGUGUGGAGUUUGAAAAGAAUGCUGAGACAUGCAGAGAGGUGAAAACAGAGAAGAAGCUGAUGGAGCUUAGUGAUUCUGUUUGUCAAGUGAGGAUCAAUGGGACACCGAUAGGAAGUGGCUUUCUGCUGUUUGCCAAUUUUGUCCUCACAAAUGCCCAUGUCAUUAAUAACAUUUAUAAUGAUGUUAGUGGGCAGCUUAACGGGAGGGUCACUGUUAAUUUCUCCUUUUAUGAUCUGGAACAGACAGUGGGAGGGUCAGUAGAGGUGGAAGAGGUUGUUGGUUAUGAGUACAAUCCUGAUGUGCCACCUCGUGACUGGGCUUUGUUAAAGCUCAGCGCUAAUGAGAAUUUGCCUCGUCCUCUGGCAGCACACGUUGGAAUCCUUCCCAAAAGCGGUGCAAUUUGCAUUAUUGGGCAUCCAGAUGGUGGUGUGAAAAAAAGAGAUUCUUGUCUGAUUGUUGCGACUGAGAACCGCAGCCAGGUUGUGGAGAGGCAUUACGUUGAAAAUCAAGGAAACAUUCAGCUGAUAACUUCACAGUUCUUUAAGAACACAGCAAAAUAUGUUGAACAAAUAAAACAGGCUCUAAUGUACGAGACUUGUUUUUAUGGUGGCUCUUCUGGUUCUCCUGUUUUUGAUAAACACUGUAAUGUUGUCGCAAUGCAUACUGGGGGAUACCUGUACCCCAGCACAAGGGGGGACACAAGUGUCAUUGAGUUUGGCUAUGCUCUGUCUGACAUCAUGGAACACAUGAUUAUCCAGAUGGUGGAGAGAGAGAAAUUUAAUGUGUUGAAGGAUUUCCUCACUUGCGGUUCCACUCAACGUGACAACAUUCUGAUGAAUGUGAAGAAACUGGUCGACAGCAGAAAUCUCACAACAUUUAAAAACGCUGUCAAUAAUUCAGUGAACAUAACUGACACAACUUUGAAGGGGUUGUUUGAAUUCUUCUCUCAUGUAGAGGCACCUGUCCCAAUGGAUAUUAACUGAGAGUGCACUGAUCACUACAAUGAGUGAGAGCAGCUUUGGCUGUUGUUUUUAUGUCAGAACACAGAAGGGUGUUUUCCUUUCCUUUCCAAGCCUUUUGGCUUGCUCUGGGGGUCGGGCAUAUGGGUUCUGUAAAGCGUCUUGAGACAAUGUGACUGUAAUUGGCACUAUAUCAAUAAAAUUGAAUUGUACA